UCCGGCUUCUAGCAGUUUCCUGCAAGUGGUCGGAUCCGGUUGUUACCACGAUUUUCCAGUGAAAAGAAACGGCGAGGAUGUUUAUGCCAUUGAUAAGUCCAUUUAUCAAUUGAUAACGUUUUUGUUACUCCCCGACGAAAAAAUGGACGACGGUUUCUCAGAUGCUUCCUCGGGCCUCGGGGACCCCCUGGCCAGGUUAUCCGACCUCGGUUCUUGUUCUUCAUGGUCAGGAAGUCCCCCGGGAUCGCCUCAACUUGAAGAAGAAAUCGAUUGGGAGCGAAGGUGUCUCAACUUGCAGCUAGAACUACAGAAGUACAAACUACAUUCGUCGAAGGUGCGAGAUCUACUUAAAGAUAAGAAACGUUGGCAAAGCCUUGGCAUGGCAUGGCAAGGCAAAUGGAUGAUCUAUGUUAAAAUUAUUAGUGCGAAAAAUACAGGGCAGAAUAAUUCUUUCAAACACGUAUCUAAGCGUUUUCGCCAACGCCAAGUCCUGGAGCCGAUAAAUCUAUUUUAUGUAAUUUAA